GGGUGCUGCUGCGGCCCCAGCUGCGCCCCCUCCUGAUGCCGCUGCGAGGGUGAACGCCACCUCCAAGCUGGCUGCAGCCAUGGGGGCGAAUGCGGCCAUGCGGGGGCUAGAUCCAGGGCUGGUGCAGCAACUGGCAACCGCCGUGGAGGCGGACGUGUACGGCAGCGGAGGGCUGCCUCGUCAGCAGUACACCAGUCGCAUGGCGGGACUCAUCAGCCGAGCCAAGGCAGCUCCCUCGCCGGUGGUGCUGCUGCCGCCCACUCACGCAGAGACCCAUGGGUCACUGCUACCAGCGUUGCUGCAGGCGGAAGUUUCGGCGAUCGAGUCCCUUCUCGAGCAACAUCAGCAACAAGCGGCAGGUGGAAACAGCAGCAAUCCCAGCAGUAGUCCCAGCGGCGCUCCACCGGCAGUGGCGCAGGCUGUAGCUCGCCUGCGUGCCAUGGCGGCAGUAGCGGUGACGGUGGGGGCGGUGGCGGCAGGCGGAGUGGGAAAGCGUGUGAACAAGC